AGUAAUUAUAAUGUUUCUCUAUUCCUUGGAAAGAAAUAUCAAAUAAUAUGAGUCAUUUAACUCUUUCAGUGCUCCCUUGUUGCUUAAGUUUCAAAAAUUCGUGGGCAGCAUAAUCUACUAUUUUUAAGCUCUAUUAUAACUAGAGGGGCUAUUGUAAAGUUAACAUUGCUUCUUUGGUAUUUCUUAGUGGAAAAUAUAUUGUUCAAACUCUGAAAGUUAAUUCAAGCGUGUCUCAUGUCUGACUUUUUUGUGGCUGAUCAAACAUGUCUGACAUCUAUUCUUUUUAAAUCAUUGAUGAAAGUGGGUUCGGCACUAGAAUAAAAGAGAUUUUAAUUUUUUUUCCUUCUUUUUAUUUGGAAAGGGUUUCUUUCAUCUCAAGUUUCUACUCUAGUAGUUGGAAUGUAGCAUAGACAGACGGUGUGGUAUUUCCAUUUUCUUACAGUUGUUGUAGUGUACAUUAGCACUUGCCUCAUUUAUGUUUACGCAUGUAUUUAGAACUAUUAUUUUUUAGUCACGAAGGCUUCCAUAUCUGGAACUUCAUGAACUUUUCGGUAUUUCACCCUCAGCUCCUCUAUUCCUUAGUAUUUGAAGGAGUUGCAUUUAACUACUUGACCCUGCUUUCAAAAAUUAUAUUGCAUUACAUCUCUUGCUUUAUCAUUUUCAUGGAUUGCUGUUUUAUUGCCUUCUUCACAGUCUCCUCUACCGUGUUUAAUUGUUUCUCUGUUUUCUGUCUUCAAAAGAACAAAACAAUGCAGCUAACUGGCUUCCUUCUUGCUGACAUUUUCAUUGCAGACUCAUUUUCAUCUUUUUUGCGAGUUUGAAUGCAACAACUUCAGCGCAUAUCGUAAAAUGUCUAACUCUUCAGCACCUCCUUCACCAGAAUCACCACAGCUUCUCCUUUAGACUUUGCUGGAGGUUCUGCAAUAUCAAGGUUACAUCUAACGUGGACGUCAUCUUUCAAAGAGCUGGCAUUUCUAACAACUACGUGCUUUUGCUUAUUUUUAAUCUUCUACAGCUCCCCGGAGCUUAGGACUUGGCUACUUGGUCAUCAAAGUAAUUGAUGCAGUUUACUGGGUACUCUGUUAGUCCACAGUGGCAUUGUCUCAAAAA